AUGACACACUUCAUCUCAUCACCACUAGAACAAUUCGAAGUGGUUCCUUUCUUUAGCGUAACAGCUCCUAUUAUCGGUGACAUUAACCUAUCACUGACAAACCUAGGACUAUACGCAUUUAUCACAGUAUUCCUAGUACUAGGUCUACACAUCAUUGGUAACAACUCACACGCACUAGUUCCAAGCGGAUGGAGCGUAGCACUGGAAAGCGCAUACGCAUCAGUAAACAGCAUGGUUCGAGACCAAAUUGGUUCAGCUAACGAAAUCUACCUACCAUUCAUUUACAGCCUAUUCUUCUUCAUCAUCAUUGCUAACCUUAACGGUAACGUUCCUUACGCAUUCACAAUCACAACAUCUAUUAUGGUUGCUAUUGGACUAUCUGUAGUUAUCUUCAUUGGUGUAACUAUCCUAGGUCUAUACACACACGGAGUACACUUCUUCGCAUACUUUAUUCCGUCAGGUACACCUCUAGGACUAGUACCUCUACUAGUACUUAUCGAACUAAUUUCAUACUUUGCUCGGGCAUUCUCUCUAGGUAUCCGGCUAUUCGCAAAUAUGACUGCUGGACACACUCUACUUAAGAUUCUAUCAACAUUCCUAGCACAACUAUUUACAUCAGGUAUUAUCGUAGCUGUUGUAACUCUAAUUCCAUUUGCAGUAUUCGUUGCUCUAAUUGGACUAGAAAUCGCUGUAUCAGUAAUCCAAGCAUUUGUGUUCUGUGUUCUAACAUGUAGCUACAUUAAGGACGCACUAGAACUUCACUAG